AAAGCAGAGACGUCGCCCACAUGUCAAGAGCAAAACGGGGUGUUCGACGUGCAAGAGGCGGCAGAUGAGGCGUAUCUGAAUGUGGCAUACCAUCCAAUCCAGCGCCAAUUGGACGACCGUGUUGACUGGCUGGAUCGAGAUUCUUACGUCUUCAACCAUCUUUCCUGCCUGAUUGUGGACCUUCAACAGAGCAAAAGGCAACAACUCGUAUUCGGAGGUCUUGUGUUGCAUGAAAUCUUCAAAAUAGCCAUGGAGAAGGACUUUGUGCGACACGCAGUGUGCGCUUUAUCCGCUUCCCAUCUAUCCUCGUUGAACAAAACCACCGCCAUGGCACAUGCCAGCUUCGAGUACAGAUACUUGGCUAUCCACGGCCUACGCCAAAACUCAACAGACACAGAUGCCCGCAAUCUUGUUGGAGUCCUGGCUGCCUCACUCGUACUCUCCUGGCAGGCUCCCUCGAGUGACGAGUAUUCGCACACAAUGCAAGGGGUCAAAACCAUCCUCGAGUUUAUGGAUGCUAACAGAUACCACUCUGACUUGCGAUCGUUGCUUGUAUCAUCGGACGAGCUUCCUCUGACGGAUUGUGCUGACUUGACCCUUCCCGAUCGUCCCUUGGUGAAAGCCAACGAGGUACUGAGUACAAUUCUGAAAAGACUCCAAAGCUUCCAGGUUGAUGCCGAGUUUAAGAGAAGCAUGAAAGAACUUUCGAAUUAUGUCUCCAGCUUGGCUAUGCGCCAGGUGGCAAACACGCCAGCUGAGUACCAACUGCAAGCACUCUAUCCUAUCAGGAACUGGAUGUACUGGAUACCGAACGCUUUUCAACGUCUCGCCCAAGACGAUCCGGUCGUUAUGCUGUUUUUCGCAUGUUAUGAGAUGACUCAUCUCGCUAUCGCUCCUGUUCUUCCUGCGACAAGCACACCACUCAGCAUCCUAAAACGAGCCAAAAUCAUUGAGAACCUGGACAGGCAGAUUACAGACCUAGAACAGUCAUCACACCUACCUGCUUCUAUCCAUGCCGGACAAUCACAGACUCUUAGCAUACUUAAGGCUUUGAUGGCUGGGCCUCGCUCCUGGAUUUCUACACAUGAAAUGUAG